AUGCCACGAUGCGUGUGUACAUUGAAGGGUCCAUGUUCAGAGCAACAUGAUGUAUAUCCUCGCAACCUCCUCGUGCCUCCCCUCGCAACCUCCUCGUGCCUCCCCUCGCAACCUCCUCGUGCCUCCCCUCGCAACCUCCUCGUGCCUCCCCUCGCAACCUCCUCGUGCCUCCCCUCGCAACCUCCUCGUGCCUCCCCUCGCAACCUCCUCGUGCCUCCCCUCGCAACCUCCUCGUGCCUCCCCUCGCAACCUCCUCGUGCCUCCCCUCGCAACCUCCUCGUGCCUCCCCUCGCAACCUCCUCGUGCCUCCCCUCGCAACCUCCUCGUGCCUCCCCUCGCAACCUCCUCGUGCCUCCCCUCGCAACCUCCUCGUGCCUCCCCUCGCAACCUCCUCGUGCCUCCCCUCGCAACCUCCUCGUGCCUCCCCUCGCAACCUCCUCGUGCCUCCCCUCGCAACCUCCUCGUGCCUCCCCUCGCAACCUCCUCGUGCCUCCCCUCGCAACCUCCUCGUGCCUCCCCUCGCAACCUCCUCGUGCCUCCCCUCGCAACCUCCUCGUGCCUCCCCUCGCAACCUCCUCGUGCCUCCCCUCGCAACCUCCUCGUGCCUCCCCUCGCAACCUCCUCGUGCCUCCCCUCGCAACCUCCUCGUGCCUCCCCUCGCAACCUCCUCGUGCCUCCCCUCGCAACCUCCUCGUGCCUCCCCUCGCAACCUCCUCGUGCCUCCCCUCGCAACCUCCUCGUGCCUCCCCUCGCAACCUCCUCGUGCCUCCCCUCGCAACCUCCUCGUGCCUCCCCUCGCAACCUCCUCGUGCCUCCCCUCGCAACCUCCUCGUGCCUCCCCUCGCAACCUCCUCGUGCCUCCCCUCGCAACCUCCUCGUGCCUCCCCUCGCAACCUCCUCGUGCCUCCCCUCGCAACCUCCUCGUGCCUCCCCUCGCAACCUCCUCGUGCCUCCCCUCGCAACCUCCUCGUGCCUCCCCUCGCAACCUCCUCGUGCCUCCCCUCGCAACCUCCUCGUGCCUCCCCUCGCAACCUCCUCGUGCCUCCCCUCGCAACCUCCUCGUGCCUCCCCUCGCAACCUCCUCGUGCCUCCCCUCGCAACCUCCUCGUGCCUCCCCUCGCAACCUCCUCGUGCCUCCCCUCGCAACCUCCUCGUGCCUCCCCUCGCAACCUCCUCGUGCCUCCCUCGCAACCUCCUCGUGCCUCCCCUCGCAACCUCCUCGUGCCUCCCCUCGCAACCUCCUCGUGCCUCCCCUCGCAACCUCCUCGUGCCUCCCCUCGCAACCUCCUCGUGCCUCCCCUCGCAACCUCCUCGUGCCUCCCCUCGCAACCUCCUCGUGCCUCCCCUCGCAACCUCCUCGUGCCUCCCCUCGCAACCUCCUCGUGCCUCCCCUCGCAACCUCCUCGUGCCUCCCCUCGCAACCUCCUCGUGCCUCCCCUCGCAACCUCCUCGUGCCUCCCCUCGCAACCUCCUCGUGCCUCCCCUCGCAACCUCCUCGUGCCUCCCCUCGCAACCUCCUCGUGCCUCCCCUCGCAACCUCCUCGUGCCUCCCCUCGCAACCUCCUCGUGCCUCCCCUCGCAACCUCCUCGUGCCUCCCCUCGCAACCUCCUCGUGCCUCCCCUCGCAACCUCCUCGUGCCUCCCCUCGCAACCUCCUCGUGCCUCCCCUCGCAACCUCCUCGUGCCUCCCCUCGCAACCUCCUCGUGCCUCCCCUCGCAACCUCCUCGUGCCUCCCCUCGCAACCUCCUCGUGCCUCCCCUCGCAACCUCCUCGUGCCUCCCCUCGCAACCUCCUCGUGCCUCCCCUCGCAACCUCCUCGUGCCUCCCCUCGCAACCUCCUCGUGCCUCCCCUCGCAACCUCCUCGUGCCUCCCCUCGCAACCUCCUCGUGCCUCCCCUCGCAACCUCCUCGUGCCUCCCCUCGCAACCUCCUCGUGCCUCCCCUCGCAACCUCCUCGUGCCUCCCCUCGCAACCUCCUCGUGCCUCCCCUCGCAACCUCCUCGUGCCUCCCCUCGCAACCUCCUCGUGCCUCCCCUCGCAACCUCCUCGUGCCCCUCCACUCCUCGUGCCUCCCCUCGCAACCUCCUCGUGCCUCCCCUCGUGCCUCCCUCGCAACCUCCUCGUGCCUCCCCUCGCAACCUCCUCGUGCCUCCCCUCGCAACCUCCUCGUGCCUCCCCUCGCAACCUCCUCGUGCCUCCCCUCGCAACCUCCUCGUGCCUCCCCUCGCAACCUCCUCGUGCCUCCCCUCGCAACCUCCUCGUGCCUCCCCUCGCAACCUCCUCGUGCCUCCCCUCGCAACCUCCUCGUGCCUCCCCUCGCAACCUCCUCGUGCCUCCCCUCGCAACCUCCUCGUGCCUCCCCUCGCAACCUCCUCGUGCCUCCCCUCGCAACCUCCUCGUGCCUCCCCUCGCAACCUCCUCGUGCCUCCCCUCGCAACCUCCUCGUGCCUCCCCUCGCAACCUCCUCGUGCCUCCCCUCGCAACCUCCUCGUGCCUCCCCUCGCAACCUCCUCGUGCCUCCCCUCGCAACCUCCUCGUGCCUCCCCUCGCAACCUCCUCGUGCCUCCCCUCGCAACCUCCUCGUGCCUCCCUCGCAACCUCCUCGUGCCUCCCCUCGCAACCUCCUCGUGCCUCCCCUCGCAACCUCCUCGUGCCUCCCCUCGCAACCUCCUCGUGCCUCCCCUCGCAACCUCCUCGUGCCUCCCCUCGCAACCUCCUCGUGCCUCCCCUCGCAACCUCCUCGUGCCUCCCCUCGCAACCUCCUCGUGCCUCCCCUCGCAACCUCCUCGUGCCUCCCCUCGCAACCUCCUCGUGCCUCCCCUCGCAACCUCCUCGUGCCUCCCCUCGCAACCUCCUCGUGCCUCCCCUCGCAACCUCCUCGUGCCUCCCCUCGCAACCUCCUCGUGCCUCCCCUCGCAACCUCCUCGUGCCUCCCCUCGCAACCUCCUCGUGCCUCCCCUCGCAACCUCCUCGUGCCUCCCCUCGCAACCUCCUCGUGCCUCCCCUCGCAACCUCCUCGUGCCUCCCCUCGCAACCUCCCUCGUGCCUCCCUCGCAACCUCCUCGUGCCUCCCCUCGCAACCUCCUCGUGCCUCCCCUCGCAACCUCCUCGUGCCUCCCCUCGCAACCUCCUCGUGCCUCCCCUCGCAACCUCCUCGUGCCUCCCCUCGCAACCUCCUCGUGCCUCCCCUCGCAACCUCCUCGUGCCUCCCCUCGCAACCUCCUCGUGCCUCCCCUCGCAACCUCCUCGUGCCUCCCCUCGCAACCUCCUCGUGCCUCCCCUCGCAACCUCCUCGUGCCUCCCCUCGCAACCUCCUCGUGCCUCCCCUCGCAACCUCCUCGUGCCUCCCCUCGCAACCUCCUCGUGCCUCCCCUCGCAACCUCCUCGUGCCUCCCCUCGCAACCUCCUCGUGCCUCCCCUCGCAACCUCCUCGUGCCUCCCCUCGCAACCUCCUCGUGCCUCCCCUCGCAACCUCCUCGUGCCUCCCCUCGCAACCUCCUCGUGCCUCCCCUCGCAACCUCCUCGUGCCUCCCCUCGCAACCUCCUCGUGCCUCCCCUCGCAACCUCCUCGUGCCUCCCCUCGCAACCUCCUCGUGCCUCCCCUCGCAACCUCCUCGUGCCUCCCCUCGCAACCUCCUCGUGCCUCCCCUCGCAACCUCCUCGUGCCUCCCCUCGCAACCUCCUCGUGCCUCCCCUCGCAACCUCCUCGUGCCUCCCCUCGCAACCUCCUCGUGCCUCCCCUCGUCUCCCUCGCAACCUCCUCGUGCCUCCCCUCGCAACCUCCUCGUGCCUCCCCUCGCAACCUCCUCGUGCCUCCCCUCGCAACCUCCUCGUGCCUCCCCUCGCAACCUCCUCGUGCCUCCCCUCGCAACCUCCUCGUGCCUCCCCUCGCAACCUCCUCGUGCCUCCCCUCGCAACCUCCUCGUGCCUCCCCUCGCAACCUCCUCGUGCCUCCCCUCGCAACCUCCUCGUGCCUCCCUCGCAACCUCCUCGUGCCUCCCCUCGCAACCUCCUCGUGCCUCCCCUCGCAACCUCCUCGUGCCUCCCCUCGCAACCUCCUCGUGCCUCCCCUCGCAACCUCCUCGUGCCUCCCCUCGCAACCUCCUCGUGCCUCCCCUCGCAACCUCCUCGUGCCUCCCCUCGCAACCUCCUCGUGCCUCCCCUCGCAACCUCCUCGUGCCUCCCCUCCGCAACCUCCUCGUGCCUCCCCUCGCAACCUCCUCGUGCCUCCCCUCGCAACCUCCUCGUGCCUCCCCUCGCAACCUCCUCGUGCCUCCCCUCGCAACCUCCUCGUGCCUCCCCUCGCAAACCUCCUCGUGCCUCCCCUCGCAACCUCCUCGUGCCUCCCCUCGCAACCUCCUCCUGCCUCCCCUCGCAACCUCCUCGUGCCUCCCCUCGCAACCUCCUCGUGCCUCCCCUCGCAACCUCCUCGUGCCUCCCCUCGCAACCUCCUCGUGCCUCCCCUCGCAACCUCCUCGGCCUCCCCUCGCAACCUCCUCGUGCCUCCCCCUCGCAACCUCCUCGUGCCUCCCCUCGCAACCUCCUCGUGCCUCCCCUCGCAACCUCCUCGUGCCUCCCCUCGCAACCUCCUCGUGCCUCCCCUCGCAACCUCCUCGUGCCUCCCCUCGCAACCUCCUCGUGCCUCCCCUCGCAACCUCCUCGUGCUCCCCUCGCAACUCCUCGUGCCUCCCCUCGCAACCUUCCUCGUGCCUCCCCUCGCAACCUCCUCGUGCCUCCCCUCGCAACCUCCUCGUGCCUCCCCUCGCAACCUCCUCGUGCCUCCCCUCGCAACCUCCUCGUGCCUCCCCUCGCAACCUCCUCGUGCCUCCCCUCGCAACCUCCUCGUGCCUCCCCUCGCAACCUCCUCGUGCCUCCCCUCGCAACCUCCUCGUGCCUCCCCUCGCAACCUCCUCGUGCCUCCCCUCGCAACCUCCUCGUGCCUCCCCUCGCAACCUCCUCGUGCCUCCCCUCGCAACCUCCUCGUGCCUCCCCUCGCAACCUCCUCGUGCCUCCCCUCGCAACCUCCUCGUGCCUCCCCUCGCAACCUCCUCGUGCCUCCCCUCGCAACCUCCUCGUGCCUCCCCUCGCAACCUCCUCGUGCCUCCCCUCGCAACCUCCUCGUGCCUCCCCUCGCAACCUCCUCGUGCCUCCCCUCGCAACCUCCUCGUGCCUCCCCUCGCAACCUCCUCGUGCCUCCCCUCGCAACCUCCUCGUGCCUCCCCUCGCAACCUCCUCGUGCCUCCCCUCGCAACCUCCUCGUGCCUCCCCUCGCAACCUCCUCGUGCCUCCCCUCGCAACCUCCUCGUGCCUCCCCUCGCAACCUCCUCGUGCCUCCCCUCGCAACCUCCUCGUGCCUCCCCUCGCAACCUCCUCGUGCCUCCCCUCGCAACCUCCUCGUGCCUCCCCUCGCAACCUCCUCGUGCCUCCCCUCGCAACCUCCUCGUGCCUCCCCUCGCAACCUCCUCGUGCCUCCCCUCGCAACCUCCUCGUGCCUCCCCUCGCAACCUCCUCGUGCCUCCCCUCGCAACCUCCUCGUGCCUCCCCUCGCAACCUCCUCGUGCCUCCCCUCGCAACCUCCUCGUGCCUCCCCUCGCAACCUCCUCGUGCCUCCCCUCGCAACCUCCUCGUGCCUCCCCUCGCAACCUCCUCGUGCCUCCCCUCGCAACCUCCUCGUGCCUCCCCUCGCAACCUCCUCGUGCCUCCCCUCGCAACCUCCUCGUGCCUCCCCUCGCAACCUCCUCGUGCCUCCCCUCGCAACCUCCUCGUGCCUCCCCUCGCAACCUCCUCGUGCUCCCUCGCAACCUCCUGCCUCCCCUCGCAACCUCCUCGUGCCUCCCCUCGCAACCUCCUCGUGCCUCCCCUCGCAACCUCCUCGUGCCUCCCCUCGCAACCUCCUCGUGCCUCCCCUCGCAACCUCCUCGUGCCUCCCCUCGCAACCUCCUCGUGCCUCCCCUCGCAACCUCCUCGUGCCUCCCCUCGCAACCUCCUCGUGCCUCCCCUCGCAACCUCCUCGUGCCUCCCCUCGCAACCUCCUCGUGCCUCCCCUCGCAACCUCCUCGUGCCUCCCCUCGCAAACCUCCUCGUGCCUCCCCUCGCAACCUCCUCGUGCCUCCCCUCGCAACUCCUCGUGCCUCCCUCGCAACCUCCUCGUGCCUCCCCUCGCAACCUCCUCGUGCCUCCCUCGCAACCUCCUCGUGCCUCCCCUCGCAACCUCCUCGUGCCUCCCCUCGCAACCUCCUCGUGCCUCCCCUCGCAACCUCCUCGUGCCUCCCCUCGCACCUCCUCGUGCCUCCCCUCGCAACCUCCUCGUGCCUCCCCUCGCAACCUCCUCGUGCCUCCCUCGCAACCUCCUCGUGCCUCCCCUCGCAACCUCCUCGGCCUCCCCUCGCAACCUCCUCGUGCCUCCCCUCGCAACCUCCUCGUGCCUCCCCUCGCAACCUCCUCGUGCCUCCCCUCGCAACCUCCUCGUGCCUCCCCCUCGCAACCUCCCGUGCCUCCCCUCGCAACCUCCUCGUGCCUCCCCUCGCAACCUCCUCGUGCCUCCCUCGCAACCUCCUCGUGCCUCCCCUCGCAACCUCCUCGUGCCUCCCCUCGCAACCUCCUCGUGCCUCCUCGAACCUCCUCGUGCCUCCCUCGCACCUCCUCGUGCCUCCCCUCGCAACCUCCUCGUGCCUCCCCUCGCAACCUCCUCGUGCCUCCCCUCGCAACCUCCUCGUGCCUCCCCUCGCAACCUCCUCGUGCCUCCCCUCGCAACCUCCUCGUGCCUCCCCUCGCAACCUCCUCGUGCCUCCCCUCGCAACCUCCUCGUGCCUCCCCUCGCAACUCCUCGUGCCUCCCCUGCAACCUCCUCGUGCCUCCCCUCGCAACCUCCUCGUGCCUCCCCUCGCAACCUCCUCGUGCCUCCCCUCGCAACCUCCUCGUGCCUCCCCUCGCAACCUCCUCGUGCCUCCCUCGCAACCUCCUCGUGCCUCCCCUCGCAACCUCCUCGUGCCUCCCCUCGCAACCUCCUCGUGCCUCCCCUCGCAACCUCCUCGUGCCUCCCCUCGCAACCUCCUCGUGCCUCCCCUCGCAACCUCCUCGUGCCUCCCCUCGCAACCUCCUCGUGCCUCCCCUCGCAACCUCCUCGUGCCCUCCCUCGCAACCUCCUCGUGAGCCUCCCCUCGCCAACCUCCUCGUGCCUCCCCUCGCAACCUCCUCGUGCCUCCCCUCGCAACCUCCUCGUGCCUCCCCGUCGCAACCUCCAUCCUCGUGCCUCCCUCGCAACCUCCUCGUGCCUCCCCUCGCAACCUCCUCGUGCCUCCCCUCGCAACUCCUCGUGCCUCCCCUCGCACACCUCCUCGUGCUCCCCUCGCAACCUCCUCGUGCCUCCCCUCGCAACCUCCUCGUGCCUCCCCUCGCAACCUCCUCGUGCCUCCCCUCGCAACCUCCUCGUGCCUCCCCCUCGCAACCUCCUCGUGCCUCCCCUCGCAACCUCCUCGUCCUCCCCUCGCAACCUCCUCGUAGCCUCCCCUCGCAACCUCCUCGUGCCUCCCCUCGCAACCUCCUCGUGCCUCCCCUCGCAACCUCCUCGUGCCUCCCCUCGCACCUCCUCGUGCCUCCCCUCGCAACCUCCCCUCGUGCCCUCCCCUCGCAACCUCCCCUCGCAACCUCCUCGUGCCUCCCCUCGCAACCUCCUCGUGCCUCCCCUCGCAACCUCUCGUGCCUCCCCUCGCAACCUCCUCGUGCCUCCCCUCGCAACCUCCUCGUGCCUCCCCUCGCAACCUCCUCGUGCCUCCCCUCGCAACCUCCUCGUGCCUCCCCUCGCAACCUCCUCGUGCCUCCCCUCGCAACCUCCUCGUGCCUCCCCUCGCAACCUCCUCGUGCCUCCCCUCGCAACCUCCUCGUGCCUCCCCCUCGCAACCUCCUCGUGCCUCCCCUCGCAACCUCCUCGUGCCUCCCCUCGCAACCUCCUCGUGCCUCCCCUCGCAACCUCCUCGUGCCUCCCCUCGCAACCUCCUCGUGCCUCCCCUCGCAACCUCCUCGUGCCUCCCUCGCAACCUCCUCGUGCCUCCCCUCGCAACCUCCUCGUGCCUCCCCUCGCAACCUCCUCGUGCCUCCCCUCGCAACCUCCUCGUGCCUCCCCUCGCAAACCUCCUCGUGCCUCCCUCCAACCUCACUUGAUCGCAACCUCCUCGUGCCUCCCCUCGCAACCUCCUCGUGCCUCCCCUCGCAACCUCCUCGUGCCUCCCCUCGCAACCUCCUCGUGCCUCCCCUCAGCAACCUCCUCGUGCCUCCCCUCGCAACCUCCUCGUGCCUCCCCUCGCAACCUCCUCGUGCCUCCCCUCGCAACCUCCUCGUGCCUCCCCUCGCAACCUCCUCGUGCCUCCCCUCGCAACCUCCUCGUGCCUCCCCUCGCAACCUCCUCGUGCCUCCCCUCGCAACCUCCUCGUGCCUCCCCUCGCAACCUCCUCGUGCCUCCCCUCGCAACCUCCUCGUGCCUCCCCUCGCAACCUCCUCGUGCCUCCCCUCGCAACCUCCUCGUGCCUCCCCUCGCAACCUCCUCGUGCCUCCCCUCGCAACCUCCUCGUGCCUCCCCUCGCAACCUCCUCGUGCCUCCCCUCGCAACCUCCUCGUGCCUCCCCUCGCAACCUCCUCGCUCGUGCCUCCCCUCGCAAACCUCCUCGUGCCUCCCCUCGCAACCUCCUCGUGCCUCCCCUCGCAAACCUCCUCGUGCCUCCCCUCGCAACCUCCUCGUGCCUCCCCUCGCAACCUCCUCGUGCCUCCCCUCGCAACCUCCUCGUGCCUCCCCUCGCAACCUCUCGUGCCUCCCCUCGCAACCCUCCUCGUGCCUCCCCUCGCAACCUCCUCGUGCCUCCCCUCGCAACCUCCUCGUGCCUCCCCUCGCAACCUCCUCGUGCCUCCCCUCGCAACCUCCUCGUGCCUCCCCUCGCAACCUCCUCGUGCCUUCCCCUCGCAACCUCCUCGUGCCUCCCCUCGCAACCUCUCGUGCCUCCCCUGCGCAACCUCCUCGUGCCUCCCCUCGCAACCUCCUCGUGCCUCCCCUCGCAACCGCCUCGUGCCUCCCCUCGCAACCUCCUCGUGCCUCCCCUCGCAACCUCCUCGUGCCUCCCCUCGCAACCUCCUCGUGGCCUCCCCUCGCACCUCCUCGUGCCUCCCCUCGCAACCUCCUCGUGCCUCCCCUCGCAACCUCCUCGUGCCUCCCCUCGCAACUCCUCGUGCCUCCCCUCGCAACCUCCUCGUGCCUCCCCUCGCAACCUCCUCGUGCCCUCCCCUCGCAACCUCCUCGUGCCUCCCCUCGCAACCUCCUCGUGCCUCCCCUCGCAACCUCCUCGUGCCUCCCCUCGCAACCUCCUCGUGCCUCCCCUCGCAACCUCCUCGUGCCUCCCCUCGCAACCUCCUCGCUCCCCUCGCACCUCCUCGUGCCUCCCCUCGCAACCUCCUCGUGCCUCCCCUCGCAACCUCCUCGUGCCUCCCCUCGCAACCUCCUCCACCUCCGUGCCUCCCCUCGCAACCUCCUCGUGCCUCCCCUCGCAACCUCCUCGUGCCUCCCCUCGCAACCUCCUCGUGCCUCCCCUCGCAACCUCCUCGUGCCUCCCCUCGCAACCUCCUCGUGGCCUCCCCUCGCAACCUCCUCGUGCCUCCCCUCGCAACCUCCUCGUGCCUCCCCUCGCAACCUCCUCGUGCCUCCCCUCGCAACCUCCUCGUGCCUCCCCUCGCAACCUCCUCGUGCCUCCCCUCGCAACCUCCUCGUGCCUCCCCUCGCAACCUCCUCGUGCCUCCCCUCGCAACCUCCUCGUGCCUCCCCUCGCAACCUCCUCGUGCCUCCCCUCGCAACCCCUCUGUGCCUCCCCUCGCAACCUCCUCGUGCCUCCCCUCGCAACCUCCUCGUGCCUCCCCUCGCAACCUCCUCGUGCCUCCCCUCGCAACCUCCUCGUGCCUCCCCUCGCAACCUCCUCGUGCCUCCCCUCGCAACCUCCUCGUGCCUCCCCUCGCAACCUCCUCGUGCCUCCCCUCGCAACCUCCUCGUGCCUCCCCUCGCAACCUCCUCGUGCCUCCCCUCGCAACCUCCUCGUGCCUCCCCUCGCAACCUCCUCGUGCCUCCCUCGCAACCUCCUCGUGCCUCCCCUCGCAAACCUCCUCGUGCCUCCCCUCGCAACCUCCUCGUGCCUCCCCUCGCAACCUCCCUCGUGCCUCCCCUCGCAACCUCCUCGUGCCUCCCCUCGCAACCUCCUCGUGCCUCCCCUCGCAACCUCCUCGUGCCUCCCCUCGCAACCUCCUCGUGCCUCCCCUCGCAACCUCCUCGUGCCUCCCCUCGCAACCUCCUCGUGCCUCCCCUCGCAACCUCCUCGUGCCUCCCCUCGCAACCUCCUCGUGCCUCCCCUCGCAACCUCCUCGUGCCUCCCCUCGCAACACUCCUCGUGCCUCCCCUCGCAACCUCCUCGUGCCUCCCCUCGCAACCUCCUCGUGCCUCCCCUCGCAACCCUCCUCGUGCCUCCCCUGCACCUCCUCGUGCCUCCCCUCGCAACCUCCUCGUGCCUCCCCUCGCAACCUCCUCGUGCCUCCCCUCGCAACCUCCUCGUGCCUCCCCUCGCAACCUCCUCGUGCCUCCCCUCGCAACCUCCUCGUGCCUCCCCUCGCAACCUCCUCGUGCCUCCCCUCGCAAACCUCCUCGUGCCUCCCCUCGCAACCUCCUCGUGCCUCCCCUCGCAACCUCCUCGUGCCUCCCCUCGCAACCUCCUCGUGCCUCCCCUCGCAACCUCCUCGUGCCUCCCCUCGCAACCUCCUCGUGCCUCCCCUCGCAACCUCCUCGUGCCUCCCCUCGCAACCUCCUCGUGCCUCCCCUCGCAACCUCCUCGUGCCUCCCCUCGCAACCUCCUCGUGCCUCCCCUCGCAACCUCCUCGUGCCUCCCCUCGCAACCUCCUCGUGCCUCCCCUCGCAACCUCCUCGUGCCUCCCCUCGCAACCUCCUCGUGCCUCCCCUCGCAACCUCCUCGUGCCUCCCCUCGCAACCUCCUCGUGCCUCCCCUCGCAACCUCCUCGUGCCUCCCCUCGCAACCUCCUCGUGCCUCCCCUCGCAACCUCCUCGUGCCUCCCCUCGCAACCUCCUCGUGCCUCCCCUCGCAACCUCCUCGUGCCUCCCCUCGCAACCUCCUCGUGCCUCCCCUCGCAACCUCCUCGUGCCUCCCCUCGCAACCUCCUCGUGCCUCCCCUCGCAACCUCCUCGUGACUCCCUCGCAACCUCCUCGUGCCUCCCCUCGCAACCUCCUCGUGCCUCCCCUCGCAACCUCCUCGUGCCUCCCUCGCAACCUCCUCGUGCCUCCCCUCGCACCUCCUCGUGCCUCCCCUCGCAACCUCCUCGUGCCUCCAUGCAACUCCUAGGCUCUCCGCAACCUCCUCGUGCUCCCCUCGCAACCUCCUCGUGCCUCCCCUCGCAACCUCCUCGUGCCUCCCCUCGCAACCUCCUCGUGCCUCCCCUCGCAACCUCCUCGUGCCUCCCCUCGCAACCUCCUCCGUGCCUCCCCUCGCAACCUCCUCGUGCCUCCCCUCGCACCUCCUCGUGCCUCCCCUCGCAACCUCCUCGUGCCUCCCCUCGCAACCUCCUCGUGCCUCCCCUCGCAAACCUCCUCGUGCCUCCCCUCGCAACCUCCUCGUGCCUCCCUCGCAACCUCCUCGUGCCUCCCCUCGCAACCUCCUCGUGCCUCCCCUCGCAACCUCCUCGUGCCUCCCCUCGCAACCUCCUCGUGCCUCCCCUCGCAACCUCCUCGUGCCUCCCCUCGCAACCUCCUCGUGCCUCCCCUCGCAACCUCCUCGUGCUCCCCUCGCAACCUCCUCGUGCCUCCCCUCGCAACCUCCUCGUGCCUCCCCUCGCAACCUCCUCGUGCCUCCCCUCGCAACCUCCUCGUGCCUCCCCUCGCAACCUCCUCGUGCCUCCCCUCGCAACCUCCUCGUGCCUCCCCUCGCAACCUCCUCGUGCCUCCCCUCGCAACCUCCUCGUGCCUCCCCUCGCAACCUCCUCGUGCCUCCCCUCGCAACCUCCUCGUGCCUCCCCUCGCAACCUCCUCGUGCCUCCCCUCGCAACCUCCUCGUGCCUCCCCUCGCAACCUCCUCGUGCCUCCCCUCGCAACCUCCUCGUGCCUCCCCUCGCAACCUCCUCGUGCCUCCCCUCGCAACCUCCUCGUGCCUCCCCUCGCAACCUCCUCGUGCCUCCCCUCGCAACCUCCUCGUGCCUCCCCUCGCAACCUCCUCGUGCCUCCCCUCGCAACCUCCUCGUGCCUCCCCUCGCAACCUCCUCGUGCCUCCCCUCGCAACCUCCUCGUGCCUCCCCUCGCAACCUCCUCGUGCCUCCCCUCGCAACCUCCUCGUGCCUCCCCUCGCAACCUCCUCGUGCCUCCCCUCGCAACCUCCUCGUGCCUCCCCUCGCAACCUCCUCGUGCCUCCCCUCGCAACCUCCUCGUGCCUCCCCUCGCAACCUCCUCGUGCCUCCCCUCGCAACCUCCUCGUGCCUCCCCUCGCAACCUCCUCGUGCCUCCCCUCGCAACCUCCUCGUGCCUCCCCUCGCAACCUCCUCGUGCCUCCCCUCGCAACCUCCUCGUGCCUCCCCUCGCAACCUCCUCGUGCCUCCCCUCGCAACCUCCUCGUGCCUCCCCUCGCAACCUCCUCGUGCCUCCCCUCGCAACCUCCUCGUGCCUCCCCUCGCAACCUCCUCGUGCCUCCCCUCGCAACCUCCUCGUGCCUCCCCUCGCAACCUCCUCGUGCCUCCCCUCGCAACCUCCUCGUGCCUCCCCUCGCAACCUCCUCGUGCCUCCCCUCGCAACCUCCUCGUGCCUCCUCGUGCCUCCCCUCGCAACCUCCUCGUGCCUCCCCUCGCAACCUCCUCGUGCCUCCCCUCGCAACCUCCUCGUGCCUCCCCUCGCAACCUCCUCGUGCCUCCCUCGCAACCUCCUCGUGCCUCCCCUCGCAACCCUCCUCGUGCCUCCCCUCGCAACCUCCUCGUGCCUCCCCUCGCAACCUCCUCGUGCCUCCCCUCGCAACCUCCUCGUGCCUCCCCUCGCAACCUCCUGGUCUCGUGCCUCCCCUCGCAACCUCCUCGUGCCUCCCCUCGCAACCUCCUCGUGCCUCCCUCGCAACCUCCUCGUGCCCCUCGCAACCUCCUCGUGCCUCCCCUCGCAACCUCCUCGUGCCUCCCCUCGCAACCUCCUCGUGCCUCCCCUCGCAACCUCCUCGUGCCUCCCCUCGCAACCUCCUCGUGCCUCCCCUCGCAACCUCCUCGUGGCCUCCCCUCGCAACCUCCUCGUGCCUCCCCUCGCAACCUCCUCGUGCCUCCCCUCGCAACCUCCUCGUGCCUCCCCUCGCAACCUCCUCGUGCCUCCCCUCGCAACCUCCUCGUGCCUCCCCUCGCAACCUCCUCGUGCCUCCCCUCGCAACCUCCUCGUGCCUCCCCCUCGCAACCUCCUCGUGCCUCCCCUCGCAACCUCCUCGUGCCUCCCUCGCAACCUCCUCGUGCCUCCCUCGCAACCUCCUCGUGCCUCCCCUCGCAACCUCCUCGUGCCUCCCCUCGCAACCUCCUCGUGCCUCCCCUCGCAACCUCCUCGUGCCUCCCCUCGCAACCUCCUCGUGCCUCCCCUCGCAACCUCCGCGUGCCUCCCCUCGCAACCUCCUCGUGCCUCCCCUCGCAACCUCCUCGUGCCUCCCCUCGCAACCUCCUCGUGCCUCCCCUCGCAACCUCCUCGUGCCUCCCCUCGCAACCUCCUCGUGCCUCCCCCGCAACCUCCUCGUGCCUCCCCUCGCAACCUCCUCGUGCCUCCCCUCGCAACCUCCUCGUGCCUCCCCUCGCAACCUCCUCGUGCCUCCCCUCGCAACCUCCUCGUGCCUCCCCUCGCAACCUCCUCGUGCCUCCACUCGCACCCUCCUCGUGCCUCCCCUCGCAACCUCCUCGUGCCUCCCCUCGCAACCCUCCUCGUGCCUCCCUCGCAACCAUCCUCGUGCCUCCCCUCGAAACCUCCUCGUGCCUCCCCUCGCAACCUCCUCGUGCCUCCCCUCGCAACCUCCUCGUGCCUCCCCUCGCAACCUCCUCGUGCCUCCCCUCGCAACCUCCUCGUGCCUCCCUCGCAACCUCCUCGUGCCUCCCCUCGCAACCUCCUCGUGCCUCCCCUCGCAACCUCCUCGGGUGCCUCCCUCGCAACCUCCUCGUGCCUCCCUCGCAACCUCCUCGUGCCUCCCUCGCAACCUCCUCGUGCCUCCCCCUCGCAACCUCCUCGUGCCUCCCCUCGCAACCUCCUCGUGCCUCCCCUCGCAACCUCCUCGUGCCUCCCCUCGCAACCUCUCUCGUGCCUCCCCUCGCAACCUCCUCGUGCCUCCCCUCGCAACCUCCUCGUGCCUCCCCUCGCAACCGUCCAUCGUGCCUCCCUCGCAACAUCCUCGUGCCUCCCCUCGCAACUCCUCGUGCCUCCCCUCGCAACCUCCUCGUGCCUCCCCUCGCAACCUCCUCGUGCCUCCCCUCGCAACCUCCUCGUGCCUCCCCUCGCAACCUCCUCGUGGCCUCCCCUCGCAACCUCCUCGUGCCUCCCCUCGCAACCUCCUCGUGCCUCCCCUCGCAACCUCCUCGUGCCUCCCCUCGCAACCUCCUCGUGCCUCCCCUCGCAACCUCUCGUGCCUCCCCUCGCAACCUCCUCGUGCCUCCCCUCGCAACCUCCUCGUGCCUCCCCUCGCAACCUCCUCGUGCCUCCCCUCGCAACCUCCUCGUGCCUCCCCUCGCAACCUCCUCGUGCCUCCCCUCGCAACCUCCUCGUGCCUCCCCUCGCAACCUCCUCGUGCCUCCCCUCGCAACCUCCUCGUGCCUCCCCUCGCAACCUCCUCGUGCCUCCCCUCGCAACCUCCUCGUGCCUCCCCUCGCAACCUCCUCGUGCCUCCCCUCGCAACCUCCUCGUGCCUCCCCUCGCAACCUCCUCGUGCCUCCCUCGCAACCUCCUCGUGCCUCCCCUCGCAACCCUCCUCGUGCCUCCCCUCGCAACCUCCUCGUGCCUCCCCUCGCAACCUCCUCGUGCCUCCCCUCGCAACCUCCUCGUGCCUCCCCUCGCAACCUCCUCGUGCCUCCCCUCGCAACCUCCUCGUGCCUCCCCUCGCAACCUCCUCGUGCCUCCCCUCGCAACCUCCUCGUGCCUCCCUCGCAACCUCCUCGUGCCUCCCCUCGCAACCUCCUCGUGCCUCCCCUCGCAACCUCCUCGUUGCCUCCCUCGCAACCUCCUCGUGCCUCCCCUCGCAACUCCUCGUGCCUCCCCUCGCAACCUCCUCGUGCCUCCCCUCGCAACCUCCUCGUGCCUCCCCCUCGCAACCUCCUCGUUGCCUCCCCUCGCAACCUCCUCGUGCCUCCCCUCGCAACCUCCUCGUGCCUCCCCUCGCAACCUCCUCGUGCCUCCCCUCGCAACCUCCUCGUGCCCUCCCCUCGCAACCUCCUCGUGCCUCCCCUCGCAACCUCCUCGUGCCUCCCCUCGCAACCUCCUCGUGCCUCCCCCUCGCAACCUCCUCGUGCCUCCCCUCGCAACCUCCUCGUGCCUCCCCUCGCAACCUCCUCGUGCCUCCCCUCGCAACCUCCUCGUGCCUCCCCUCGCAACCUCCUCGUGCCUCCCCUCGCAACCUCCUCGUGCCUCCCCUCGCAAACCUCCCUCUGUGCCUCCCCUCGCAAACCUCCUCGUGCCUCCCUCGCAACCUCCUCGUGCCUCCCCUCGCAACCUCCUCGUGCCUCCCCUCGCAACCUCCUCGUGCCUCCCCUCGCAACCUCCUCGGUAGCUCUCCCCUCGCAACCUCCUCGUGCCUCCCCUCGCAACCUCCUCGUGCCUCCCCUCGCAACCUCCUCGUGCCUCCCCCUCGCAACCUCCUCGUGCCUCCCCUCGCAACCUCCUCGUGCCUCCCCUCGCAACCUCCUCGUGCCUCCCCUCGCAACCUCCUCGUGCCUCCCCUCGCAACCUCCUCGUGCCUCCCCUCGCAACCUCCUCGUGCCUCCCCUCGCAACCUCCUCGUGCCUCCCCUCGCAACCUCCUCGUGCCUCCCCUCGCAACCUCCUCGUGCCUCCCCUCGCAACCUCCUCGUGCCUCCCCUCGCAACCUCCUCGUGCCUCCCCUCGCAACCUCCUCGUGCCUCCCCUCGCAACCUCCUCGUGCCUCCCCUCGCAACCUCCUCGUGCCUCCCCUCGCAACCUCCUCGUGCCUCCCCUCGCAACCUCCUCGUGCCUCCCCUCGCAACCUCCUCGUGCCUCCCCUCGCAACCUCCUCGUGCCUCCCCUCGCAACCUCCUCGUGCCUCCCCUCGCAACCUCCUCGUGCCUCCCCUCGCAACCUCCUCGUGCCUCCCCUCGCAACCUCCUCGUGCCUCCCCUCGCAACCUCCUCGUGCCUCCCCUCGCAACCUCCUCGUGCCUCCCCUCGCAACCUCCUCGUGCCUCCCCUCGCAACCUCCUCGUGCCUCCCCUCGCAACCUCCUCGUGCCUCCCCUCGCAACCUCCUCGUGCCUCCCCUCGCAACCUCCUCGUGCCUCCCCUCGCAACCUCCUCGUGCCUCCCCUCGCAACCUCCUCGUGCCUCCCCUCGCAACCUCCUCGUGCCUCCCCUCGCAACCUCCUCGUGCCUCCCCUCGCAACCUCCUCGUGCCUCCCCUCGCAACCUCCUCGUGCCUCCCCUCGCAACCUCCUCGUGCCUCCCCUCGCAACCUCCUCGUGCCUCCCCUCGCAACCUCCUCGUGCCUCCCCUCGCAACCUCCUCGUGCCUCCCCUCGCAACCUCCUCGUGCCUCCCCUCGCAACCUCCUCGUGCCUCCCCUCGCAACCUCCUCGUGCCUCCCCUCGCAACCUCCUCGUGCCUCCCCUCGCAACCUCCUCGUGCCUCCCCUCGCAACCUCCUCGUGCCUCCCCUCGCAACCUCCUCGUGCCUCCCCUCGCAACCUCCUCGUGCCUCCCCUCGCAACCUCCUCGUGCCUCCCCUCGCAACCUCCUCGUGCCUCCCCUCGCAACCUCCUCGUGCCUCCCCUCGCAACCUCCUCGUGCCUCCCCUCGCAACCUCCUCGUGCCUCCCCUCGCAACCUCCUCGUGCCUCCCCUCGCAACCUCCUCGUGCCUCCCCUCGCAACCUCCCCGUGCCUCCCCUCGCAACCUCCCGUGCCUCCCCUCGCAACCUCCCCGUGCCUCCCCUCGCAACCUCCCCGUGCCUCCCCUCGCAACCUCCCCGUGCCUCCCCUCGCAACCUCCCCGUGCCUCCCCUCGCAACCUCCCGUGCCUCCCCUCGCAACCUCCCCGUGCCUCCCCUCGCAACCUCCCCGUGCCUCCCCUCGCAACCUCCCCGUGCCUCCCCUCGCAACCUCCCCGUGCCUCCCCUCGCAACCUCCCCGUGCCUCCCCUCGCAACCUCCCCGUGCCUCCCCUCGCAACCUCCCCGUGCCUCCCUCGCAACCUCCCCGUGCCUCCCCUCGCAACCUCCCCGUGCCUCCCCUCGCAACCUCCCCGUGCCUCCCCUCGCAACCUCCCCGUGCCUCCCCUCGCAACCUCCCCGUGCCUCCCCUCGCAACCUCCCCGUGCCUCCCCUCGCAACCUCCCCGUGCCUCCCCUCGCAACCUCCCGUGCCUCCCCUCGCAACCUCCCCGUGCCUCCCCUCGCAACCUCCCCGUGCCUCCCCUCGCAACCUCCCCGUGCCUCCCCUCGCAACCUCCCCGUGCCUCCCCUCGCAACCUCCCCGUGCCUCCCCUCGCAACCUCCCCGUGCCUCCCCUCGCAACCUCCCCGUGCCUCCCCUCGCAACCUCCCCGUGCCUCCCCUCGCAACCUCCCCGUGCCUCCCCUCGCAACCUCCCCGUGCCUCCCCUCGCAACCUCCCCGUGCCUCCCCUCGCAACCUCCCCGUGCCUCCCCUCGCAACCUCCCCGUGCCUCCCCUCGCAACCUCCCCGUGCCUCCCCUCGCAACCUCCCCGUGCCUCCCCUCGCAACCUCCCCGUGCCUCCCCUCGCAACCUCCCCGUGCCUCCCCUCGCAACCUCCCCGUGCCUCCCCUCGCAACCUCCCCGUGCCUCCCCUCGCAACCUCCCCGUGCCUCCCCUCGCAACCUCCCCGUGCCUCCCCUCGCAACCUCCCCGUGCCUCCCCUCGCAACCUCCCCGUGCCUCCCCUCGCAACCUCCCCGUGCCUCCCCUCGCAACCUCCCCGUGCCUCCCCUCGCAACCUCCCCGUGCCUCCCCUCGCAACCUCCCCGUGCCUCCCCUCGCAACCUCCCCGUGCCUCCCCUCGCAACCUCCCCGUGCCUCCCCUCGCAACCUCCCCGUGCCUCCCCUCGCAACCUCCCCGUGCCUCCCCUCGCAACCUCCCCGUGCCUCCCCUCGCAACCUCCCCGUGCCUCCCCUCGCAACCUCCCCGUGCCUCCCCUCGCAACCUCCCCGUGCCUCCCCUCGCAACCUCCCCGUGCCUCCCCUCGCAACCUCCCCGUGCCUCCCCUCGCAACCUCCCCGUGCCUCCCCUCGCAACCUCCCCGUGCCUCCCCUCGCAACCUCCCCGUGCCUCCCCUCGCAACCUCCCCGUGCCUCCCCUCGCAACCUCCCCGUGCCUCCCUCGCAACCUCCCCGUGCCUCCCCUCGCAACCUCCCCGUGCCUCCCCUCGCAACCUCCCCGUGCCUCCCCUCGCAACCUCCCCGUGCCUCCCCUCGCAACCUCCCCGUGCCUCCCCUCGCAACCUCCCCGUGCCUCCCCUCGCAACCUCCCCGUGCCUCCCCUCGCAACCUCCCCGUGCCUCCCCUCGCAACCUCCCCGUGCCUCCCCUCGCAACCUCCCCGUGCCUCCCCUCGCAACCUCCCCGUGCCUCCCCUCGCAACCUCCCCGUGCCUCCCCUCGCAACCUCCCCGUGCCUCCCCUCGCAACCUCCCGUGCCUCCCCUCGCAACCUCCCCGUGCCUCCCCUCGCAACCUCCCCGUGCCUCCCCUCGCAACCUCCCCGUGCCUCCCCUCGCAACCUCCCCGUGCCUCCCCUCGCAACCUCCCCGUGCCUCCCCUCGCAACCUCCCCGUGCCUCCCCUCGCAACCUCCCCGUGCCUCCCCUCGCAACCUCCCCGUGCCUCCCCUCGCAACCUCCCCGUGCCUCCCCUCGCAACCUCCCCGUGCCUCCCCUCGCAACCUCCCCGUGCCUCCCCUCGCAACCUCCCCGUGCCUCCCCUCGCAACCUCCCCGUGCCUCCCCUCGCAACCUCCCCGUGCCUCCCCUCGCAACCUCCCCGUGCCUCCCCUCGCAACCUCCCCGUGCCUCCCCUCGCAACCUCCCCGUGCCUCCCCUCGCAACCUCCCCGUGCCUCCCCUCGCAACUCCCCGUGCCUCCCCUCGCAACCUCCCCGUGCCUCCCCUCGCAACCUCCCCGUGCCUCCCCUCGCAACCUCCCCGUGCCUCCCCUCGCAACCUCCCCGUGCCUCCCCUCGCAACCUCCCCGUGCUCCCCUCGCAACCUCCCCGUGCCUCCCCUCGCAACCUCCCCGUGCCUCCCCUCGCAACCUCCCCGUGCCUCCCCUCGCAACCUCCCCGUGCCUCCCCUCGCAACCUCCCCGUGCCUCCCUCGCAACCUCCCCGUGCCUCCCCUCGCAACCUCCCCGUGCCUCCCCUCGCAACCUCCCCGUGCCUCCCCUCGCAACCUCCCAGUGCCUCCCCUCGCAACCUCCCCGUGCCUCCCCUCGCAACCUCCCCGUGCCUCCCCUCGCAACCUCCCCGUGCCUCUCCCCUCGCAACCUCCCCGUGCCUCCCCUCGCAACCUCCCCGUGCCUCCCCUCGCAACCUCCCCGUGCCUCCCCUCGCAACCUCCCCGUGCCUCCCCUCGCAACCUCCCGUGCCUCCCCUCGCAACCUCCCCGUGCCUCCCCUCGCAACCUCCCCGUGCCUCCCCUCGCAACCUCCCGUGCCUCCCCCUCGCAACCUCCCCGUGCCUCCCCUCGCAAACCUCCCCGUGCCUCCCCUCGCAACCUCCCCGUGCCUCCCCUCGCAACCUCCCCCGUGCCUCCCCUCGCAACCUCCCGUGCCUCCCCUCGCAACCUCCCCGUGCCUCCCCUCGCAACCUCCCCGUGCCUCCCCUCGCAACCUCCCCGUUGCCUCCCCUCGCAACCUCCCCGUGCCUCCCCUCGCAACCUCCCCGUGGCCUCCCCUCGCAACCUCCCCGUGCCUCCCCUCGCAACCUCCCCGUGCCUCCCCUCGCAACCUCCCCGUGCCUCCCCUCGCAACCUCCCCGUGCCUCCCCUCGCAACCUCCCCGUGCCUCCCCUCGCAACCUCCCCGUGCCUCCCCUCGCAACCUCCCCGUGCCUCCCCUCGCAACCUCCCCGUGCCUCCCCUCGCAACCUCCCCGUGCCUCCCCUCGCAACCUCCCCGUGCCUCCCCUCGCAACCUCCCCGUGCCUCCCCUCGCAACCUCCCCGUGCCUCCCCUCGCAACCUCCCCGUGCCUCCCCUCGCAACCUCCCCGUGCCUCCCCUCGCAACCUCCCCGUGCCUCCCCUCGCAACCUCCCCGUGCCUCCCCUCGCAACCUCCCCGUGCCUCCCCUCGCAACCUCCCCGUGCCUCCCCUCGCAACCUCCCCGUGCCUCCCCUCGCAACCUCCCCGUGCCUCCCCUCGCAACCUCCCCGUGCCUCCCCUCGCAACCUCCCCGUGCCUCCCCUCGCAACCUCCCCGUGCCUCCCCUCGCAACCUCCCCGUGCCUCCCCUCGCAACCUCCCCGUGCCUCCCCUCGCAACCUCCCCGUGCAACCUCCCCUCGCAACCUCCCCGUGCCUCCCUCGCCAACCUCCCGUGCCUCCCCUUCGCAACCUCCCCUUGCUCCCUCGCAACCUCCCCUGUGCCUCCCCUCGCAAACCUCCCCGUGCCUCCCCUCGCAACCUCCCCCUUGUCUCCCUCGCAACCUCCCCGUGCCUCCCCUCGCAAACCUUCCCCGUGCCUCCCCUCGCAACCUUCCCGUGCCUCCCCUCGCAACCUCCCGUGCCUCCCCUCGCAACAUCCCCGUAGCCUCCCCUCGCAACCUCCCCGUGCCUCCCCUCGCAACCUCCCCGUGCCUACCCUCGCAACACCUCCCGUUGCCUCCCCUCGCAACCUCCCCGUGCCUCCCUCGCAACCUCCCCGUGCCUCCCCUCGCAACCUCCCCGUGCCUCCCUCGGCAACCUCCACGUGCCUCCCCUCGCAACCUCCCCGUGCCUCCCCUCGCACACCUCCCCGUGCCUCCCCUCGCAACCUCCCCGUGCCUUCCCCUCGCAACCUCCCCGUGCCUCCUCCCUCGCAACCUCCCCGUUGCCUCCCCUCGCAACCUCCCCGUGCCUCCCCUCCGCCAACCUCCCCGUGCCUCCCCUCGCAACCUCCCCGUGGCCUCCCCUCGCAACCUCCCCGUGCCUCCCCUCGCACCCUCCCCGUGCCUCCCCCUCGCAACCUCCCCGUGCCUCCCCUCGCAACCUCCCCGUGCAACCUCCCCUCGCAACCUCCCGUGCCUCCCCUCGCAACCUCCCCCGUGCCUCCCCUCGCAACCUCCCCGUGCCUCCCCUCGCAACCUCCCCGUGCCUCCCCUCGCAACCUCCCCGUGCCUCCCCUCGCAACCUCCCCGUGCCUCCCCUCGCAACCUCCCCGUGCCUCCCCUCGCAACCUCCCCGUGCCUCCCCUCGCAACCUCCCCCGUGCCUCCCCUCGCAACCUCCCCGUGCCUCCCCUCGCAACCUCCCCGUGCCUCCCCUCGCAACCUCCCCGUGCCUCCCCUCGCAACCUCCCCGUGCCUCCCCUCGCAACCUCCCCGUGCCUCCCCUCGCAACCUCCCCGUGCCUCCCCUCGCAACCUCCCCGUGCCUCCCCUCGCAACCUCCCCGUGCCUCCCCUCGCAACCUCCCCGUGCCUCCCCUCGCAACCUCCCCGUGCCUCCCCUCGCAACCUCCUCCCGUGCCUCCCCUCGCAACCUCCCCGUGCCUCCCCUCGCAACCUCCCGUGCCUCCCCUCGCAACCUCCCCGUGCCUCCCCUCGCACCUCCCCGUGCCUCCCCUCGCAACCUCCCCGUGCCUCCCCCGUCGCAACCUCCCCGUGCCCUCCCCUCGCAACCUCCCCGUGCCUCCCCUCGCAACCUCCCCGUGCCUCCCCUCGCAACCUCCCCGUGCCUCCCUCGCAACCUCCCCGUGCCUCCCCCUCGCAACCUCCCCGUGCCUCCCCUCGCAACCUCCCGUGCCUCCCCAUCGCAACCUCCCCGUGCCUCCCUCGCAACCUCCCCGUGCCUCCCUCGCAACCUCCCCGUGCCUCCCCUCGCAACCUCCCCGUGCCUCCCCUCGCAACCCUCCCCGUGCCUCCCCUCGCAACCUCCCCGUGCCUCCCCUCGCACCUCCCCGUGCCUCCCCUCGCAACCUCCCCGUGCCUCCCCUCGCAACCUCCCCGUGCCUCCCCUCGCAACCUCCCCGUGCCUCCCCUCGCAACCUCCCCGUGCCUUCCCCCUCGCAACCUCCCCGUGCCUCCCCUCGCAACCUCCCCGUGCCUCCCCUCGCAACCUCCCCGAUGCCUCCCCUCGCAACCUCCCCGUGCCUCCCCUCGCAACCUCCCCGUGCCUCCCCUCGCAACCGCCCCGUGUGCCUCCCCUCGCACCUCCCCGUGCCUCCCCUCGCAACCUCCCGUGCCUCCCCUCGCAACCUCCCGUCGCAGCCUCCCCUCGCAACCUCCCCGUGCCUCCCCUCGCAACCUCCCCGUGCCUCCCCUCGCAACCUCCCCGUGCCUCCCCUCGCAACCUCCCCGUGCCUCCCCUCGCAACCUCCCCGUGCCUCCCCUCGCAACCUCCCCGUGCCUCCCCUCGCAACCUCCCCGUGCCUCCCCUCGCAACCUCCCCGUGCCUCCCCUCGCAACCUCCCCGUGCCUCCCCUCGCAACCUCCCCGUGCCUCCCUCGCAACCUCCCCGUGCCUCCCCUCGCAACCUCCCCCGUGCCUCCCCUCGCAACCUCCCCGUGCCUCCCCUCGCAACCUCCCCGUGCCUCCCCUCGCAACCUCCCCGUGCCUCCCCUCGCAACCUCCCCGUGCCUCCCCUCGCAACCUCCCCGUGCCUCCCCUCGCAACCUCCCCGUGCCUCCCCUCGCAACCUCCCCGUGCCUCCCCUCGCAACCUCCCCGUGCCUCCCCUCGCAACCUCCCCGUGCCUCCCCUCGCAACCUCCCCGUGCCUCCCCUCGCAACCUCCCCGUGCCUCCCCUCGCAACCUCCCCGUGCCUCCCCUCGCAACCUCCCCGUGCCUCCCCUCGCAACCUCCCCGUGCCUCCCCUCGCAACCUCCCCGUGCCUCCCCUCGCAACCUCCCCGUGCCUCCCCUCGCAACCUCCCCGUGCCUCCCCUCGCAACCUCCCCGUGCCUCCCCUCGCAACCUCCCCGUGCCUCCCCUCGCAACCUCCCCGUGCCUCCCCUCGCAACCUCCCCGUGCCUCCCCUCGCAACCUCCCCGUGCCUCCCCUCGCAACCUCCCCGUGCCUCCCCUCGCAAACCUCCCCGUGCCUCCCCUCGCAACCUCCCCGUGCCUCCCCUCGCAACCUCCCCGUGCCUCCCCUCGCAACCUCCCCGUGCCUCCCCUCGCAACCUCCCGUGCCUCCCCUCGCAACCUCCCCGUGCCUCCCCUCGCAACCUCCCCGUGCCUCCCCUCGCAACCUCCCCGUGCCUCCCUCGCAACCUCCCCGUGCCUCCCCUCGCAACCUCCCCGUGCCUCCCCUCGCAACCUCCCCGUGCCUCCCCUCGCAACCUCCCCGUGCCUCCCCUCGCAACCUCCCCGUGCCUCCCCUCGCAACCUCCCCGUGCCUCCCCUCGCAACCUCCCCGUGCCUCCCCUCGCAACCUCCCCGUGCCUCCCCUCGCAACCUCCCCGUGCCUCCCCUCGCAACCUCCCCGUGCCUCCCCUCGCAACCUCCCCGUGCCUCCCCUCGCAACCUCCCCGUGCCUCCCCUCGCAACCUCCCCGUGCCUCCCCUCGCAACCUCCCCGUGCCUCCCCUCGCAACCUCCCCGUGCCUCCCCUCGCAACCUCCCCGUGCCUCCCCUCGCAACCUCCCCGUGCCUCCCCUCGCAACCUCCCCCGUGCCUCCCCUCGCAACCUCCCCGUGCCUCCCCUCGCAACCUCCCCAACCUCCCCCGUGCCUCCCCUCGCAACCUCCCCGUGCCUCCCCUCGCAACCUCCCGUGCCUCCCUCGCAACUCCCCCGUGCCUCCCCUCAGCAACCUCCCCUUCGCACCUUCCCCCCCCUCGCACUCCCCGUGCCUCCCCUCGCAACCUCCCGUGCCUCCCCCUCGCAACCCUCCCCGUGCCUCCCCUCGCAAACCUCCCCGUGCCUCCCCUCGCAACCCUCCCCGUGCCUCCCCUCGCAACCUCCCCGUGCCUCCCCUCGCAACCUCCCCGUGCCUCCCCUCCUGCAACCUCCCGUGCCUCCCCCUCGCAACCUCCCCGUGCCUCCCCUCGCAACCUCCCCGUGCCUCCCCUCGCAACCUCCCCGUGCCCCCCUCGCAACCUCCCCGUGCCUCCCCUCGCAACCUCCCCGUGCCUCCCCUCGCAACCUCCCCGUGCCUCCCCUCGCAACCUCCCCGUGCCUCCCCUCGCAACCUCCCCGUGCCUCCCCUCGCAACCUCCCCGUGCCUCCCCUCGCAACCUCCCCGUGCCUCCCCUCGCAACCUCCCCGUGCCUCCCCUCGCAACCUCCCCGUGCCUCCCCUCGCAACCUCCCCGUGCCUCCCCUCGCAACCUCCCCGUGCCUCCCCUCGCAACCUCCCCGUGCCUCCCCUCGCAACCUCCCCGUGCCUCCCCUCGCAACCUCCCCGUGCCUCCCCUCGCAACCUCCCCGUGCCUCCCCUCGCAACCUCCCCGUGCCUCCCCUCGCAACCUCCCCGUGCCUCCCCUCGCAACCUCCCCGUGCCUCCCCUCGCAACCUCCCCCGUGCCUCCCCUCGCAACCUCCCCGUGCCUCCCCUCGCAACCUCCCCGUGCCUCCCCUCGCAACCUCCCCGUGCCUCCCCUCGCAACCUCCCCGUGCCUCCCCUCGCAACCUCCCCGUGCCUCCCCUCGCAACCUCCCCGUGCCUCCCCUCGCAACCUCCCCGUGCCUCCCCUCGCAACCUCCCCGUGCCUCCCCUCGCAACCUCCCCGUGCCUCCCCUCGCAACCUCCCCGUGCCUCCCUCGCAACCUCCCCGUGCCUCCCCUCGCAACCUCCCCGUGCCUCCCCUCGCAACCUCCCCGUGCCUCCCCUCGCAACCUCCCCGUGCCUCCCCUCGCAACCUCCCCGUGCCUCCCCUCGCAACCUCCCCGUGCCUCCCCUCGCAACCUCCCCGUGCCUCCCCUCGCAACCUCCCCGUGCCUCCCCUCGCAACCUCCCCGUGCCUCCCCUCGCAACCUCCCCGUGCCUCCCCUCGCAACCUCCCCGUGCCUCCCUCGCAACCUCCCCGUGCUCCCCUCGCAACCUCCCCCGUGCCUCCCCUCGCAACCUCCCCGUGCCUCCCCUCGCAACCUCCCCGUGCCUCCCCUCGCAACCUCCCCGUGCCUCCCCUCGCAACCUCCCCGUGCCUCCCCUCGCAACCUCCCCGUGCCUCCCCUCGCAACCUCCCCGUGCCUCCCCUCGCAACCUCCCCGUGCCUCCCCUCGCAACCUCCCCGUGCCUCCCCUCAGCAACCUCCCCGUGCCUCCCCUCGCAACCUCCCCGUGCCUCCCCUCGCAACCUCCCCGGCUCCCUCGCAACCUCCCCGUGCCUCCCCUCGCAACCUCCCCGUGCCUCCCUCGCAACCUCCCCGUGCCUCCCCUCGCAACCUCCCCGUGCCUCCCCUCGCAACCUCCCCGUGCCUCCCCUCGCAACCUCCCCGUGCCUCCCCUCGCAACCUCCCCGUGCCUCCCCUCGCAACCUCCCCGUGCCUCCCCUCGCAACCUCCCCGUGCCUCCCCUCGCAACCUCCCCGUGCCUCCCCUCGCAACCUCCCCGUGCCUCCCCUCGCAACCUCCCCGUGCCUCCCCUCGCAACCUCCCCGUGCCUCCCAUCGCAACCUCCCCGUGCCUCCCCUCGCAAACCUCCCCGUGCCUCCCCUCGCAACCUCCCCGUGCCUUCCCCUCGCAACCUCCCCGUGCCUCCCCUCGCAACCUCCCCGUGCCUCCCCUCGCAACCUCACCCGUGCCUCCCCUCGCAACCUCCCCGUGCCUCCCCUCGCAACCUCCCCCGUGCCUCCCCUCGCAACCACCCCAGUGCCUCCGUGCCUCCCCUCGCAACCUCCCCGUGCCUCCCCUCGCAACCUCCCCGUGCCUCCCCUCGCAACCUCCCCGUGCCUCCCCUCGCAACCUCCCCGUGCCUCCCCUCGCAACCUCCCCGUGCCUCCCCUCGCAACCUCCCCGUGCCUCCCCUCGCAACCUCCCCGUGCCUCCCCUCGCAACCUCCCCGUGCCUCCCCUCGCAACCUCCCCGUGCCUCCCCUCGCAACCUCCCCGUGCCUCCCCCUCGCAACCUCCCCGUGCCUCCCCUCGCAACCUCCCCGUGCCUCCCCUCGCAACCUCCCCGUGCCUCCCCUCGCAACCUCCCCGUGCCUCCCCUCGCAACCUCCCCGUGCCUCCCCUCGCAACCUCCCCGUGCCUCCCCUCGCAACCUCCCCGUGCCUCCCCUCGCAACCUCCCCGUGCCUCCCCUCGCAACCUCCCCGUGCCUCCCCUCGCAACCUCCCCGUGCCUCCCCUCGCAACCUCCCCGUGCCUCCCCUCGCAACCUCCCGUGCCUCCCUCGCAACCUCCCCGUGCCUCCCCUCGCAACCUCCCCGUGCUCCCCUCGCAACCUCCCCGUGCUCCCUCGCAACCUCCCCGUGCCUCCCCUCGCAACCUCCCCGUGCCUCCCUCGCAACCUCCCCGUGCAUCCCCUCGCAACCUCCCCGUGCCUCCCCUCGCAACCUCCCCGUGCCUCCCCUCGCAACCCUCCCCGUGCCUCCCCUCGCAACCUCCCCGUGCCUCCCCUCCGCAACCUCCCCGUGCCUCCCCUCGCAACCUCCCGUGCCUCCCCUCGCAACCUCCCCGUGCCUCCCCUCGCAACCUCCCCGUGCCUCCCCUCGCAACCUCCCCGUGCCCCUCCAACCUCCCCGUGCCUCCCUCGCAACUCCCCGUGCCUCCCCUCGCAACCUCCCCGUGCCUCCCCUCGCAACCUCCCCGUGCCUCCCCUCGCAACCUCCCCGUGCCUCCCUCGCAACCCUCCCCGCGCCUCCCCUCGGCAACCUCCCCGUGCUCCCCCUCGCAACCUCCCCGUGCCUCCCUCGCAACCUCCCCGUGCCUCCCCUCGCAACCUCCCCGUGCCUCCCCUCGCAACCUCCCCGUGCCUUCCCCUCGCAACCUCCCCGUGCCUCCCCUCGCAACCUCCCCGUGCCUCCCCUCGCAACCUCCCCGUGCCUCCCCUCGCAACCUCCCCGUGCCUCCCCUCGCAACCUCCCCGUGCCUCCCCUCGCAACCUCCCCGUGCCUCCCCUCGCAACCUCCCCGUGCCUCCCCUCGCAACCUCCCCGUGCCUCCCCUCGCAACUCCCCGUGCCUCCCCUCGCAACCUCCCCGUGCCUCCCCUCGCAACCUCCCCGUGCCUCCCCUCGCAACCUCCCCGUGCCUCCCCUCGCAACCUCCCCGUGCCUCCCCUCGCAACCUCCCCGUGCCUCCCCUCGCAACCUCCCCGUGCCUCCCCUCGCAACCUCCCCGUGCCUCCCCUCGCAACCUCCCCGUGCCUCCCCUCGCAACCUCCCCGUGCCUCCCCUCGCAACCUCCCCGUGCCUCCCCUCGCAACCUCCCCGUGCCUCCCCUCGCAACCUCCCCGUGCCUCCCCUCGCAACCUCCCCGUGCCUCCCCUCGCAACCUCCCCGUGCCUCCCCUCGCAACCUCCCCGUGCCUCCCCUCGCAACCUCCCCGUGCCUCCCCUCGCAACCUCCCCGUGCCUCCCCUCGCAACCUCCCCGUGCCUCCCCUCGCAACCUCCCCGUGCCUCCCCUCGCAACCUCCCCGUGCCUCCCCUCGCAACCUCCCCGUGCCUCCCCUCGCAACCUCCCCGUGCCUCCCCUCGCAACCUCCCCGUGCCUCCCCUCGCAACCUCCCCGUGCCUCCCCUCGCAACCUCCCCGUGCCUCCCCUCGCAACCUCCCCGUGCCUCCCCUCGCAACCUCCCCGUGCCUCCCCUCGCAACCUCCCCGUGCCUCCCCUCGCAACCUCCCCCGUGCCUCCCCUCGCAACCUCCCCGUGCCUCCCCUCGCAACCUCCCCGUGCCUCCCCUCGCAACCUCCCCGUGCCUCCCCUCGCAACCUCCCCGUGCCUCCCCUCGCAACCUCCCCGUGCCUCCCCUCGCAACCUCCCCGUGCCUCCCCUCGCAACCUCCCCGUGCCUCCCCUCGCAACCUCCCCGUGCCUCCCCUCGCAACCUCCCCGUGCCUCCCCUCGCAACCUCCCCGUGCCUCCCCUCGCAACCCUCCCCGUGCCUCCCCUCGCAACCUCCCCGUGCCUCCCCUCGCAACCUCCCCGUGCCUCCCCUCGCAACCUCCCCGUGCCUCCCCUCGCAACCUCCCCGUGCCUCCCCUCGCAACCUCCCCGUGCCUCCCCUCGCAACCUCCCCGUGCCUCCCCUCGCAACCUCCCCGUGCCUCCCCUCGCAACCUCCCCGUGCCUCCCCUCGCAACCUCCCCGUGCCUCCCCUCGCAACCUCCCCGUGCCUCCCCUCGCAACCUCCCCGUGCCUCCCCUCGCAACCUCCCCGUGCCUCCCCUCGCAACCUCCCCGUGCCUCCCCUCGCAACCUCCCCGUGCCUCCCCUCGCAACCUCCCCGUGCCUCCCCUCGCAACCUCCCCGUGCCUCCCCUCGCAACCUCCCCGUGCCUCCCCUCGCAACCUCCCCGUGCCUCCCCUCGCAACCUCCCCGUGCCUCCCCUCGCAACCUCCCCGUGCCUCCCCUCGCAACCUCCCCGUGCCUCCCCUCGCAAACCUCCCCGUGCCUCCCCUCGCAACCUCCCCGUUGCCUCCCCUCGCAACCUCCCCGUGCCUCCCCUCGCAACCUCCCCGUGCCUCCCCUCGCAACCUCCCCGUGCCUCCCCUCGCAACCUCCCCGUGCCUCCCCUCGCAACCUCCCCGUGCCUCCCCUCGCAACCUCCCCGUGCCUCCCCUCGCAACCUCCCCGUGCCUCCCCUCGCAACCUCCCCGUGCCUCCCCUCGCAACCUCCCGUGCCUCCCCUCGCAACCUCCCCGUGCCUCCCCUCGCAACCUCCCCGUGCCUCCCCUCGCAACCUCCCCGUGCCUCCCCUCGCAACCUCCCCGUGCCUCCCCUCGCAACCUCCCCGUGCCUCCCCUCGCAACCUCCCCGUGCCUCCCCUCGCAACCUCCAGUGCCUCCCCUCGCAACCCUCCCCGUGCCUCCCCUCGCAACCUCCCCGUGCCUCCCCUCGCAACCUCCCCGUGCCUCCCCCUCGCAACCUCCCGUGCCUCCCCUCGCAACCUCCCCGUGCCUCCCCUCGCAACCUCCCCGUGCCUCCCCUCGCAACCUCCCCGUGCCUCCCCUCGCAACCUCCCCGUGCCUCCCCUCGCAACCUCCCCGUGCCUCCCCUCGCAACCUCCCCGUGCCUCCCCUCGCAACCUCCCCGUGCCUCCCCUCGCAACCUCCCCGUGCCUCCCCUCGCAACCUCCCCGUGCCUCCCCUCGCAACCUCCCCGUGCCUCCCCUCGCAACCUCCCCGUGCCUCCCCUCGCAACCUCCCCGUGCCUCCCCUCGCAACCUCCCCCUGCUAUUCCAGGCGAACUGCCACGUAACAGUUUAG